GUGGGGAGCCGAGAGGGGCAAGCGCAUGUUACUCCAACGCGCUCAAGAGUUGCCGGGGUUGGCGGCAGGGGAGGCGAGAAAGGAAACCACCCCUACUCCUAAUCCCCCGCCUUCAGAAGAAGAGAAAACAGAAUCUAAUCAGGAGGUUGCUAACCCAGAACACUAUAUUAAACAUCCUUUACAGAACAGAUGGGCACUCUGGUUUUUUAAAAAUGAUAAAAGCAAAACUUGGCAAGCAAACCUUCGGCUGAUCUCUAAGUUUGAUACUGUUGAAGACUUUUGGGCUCUGUACAACCACAUCCAGUUGUCUAGUAAUUUAAUGCCUGGCUGUGACUACUCACUUUUUAAGGAUGGUAUCGAGCCCAUGUGGGAAGAUGAGAAAAACAAACGAGGAGGACGAUGGUUAAUUACAUUGAACAAACAGCAGAGACGAAGUGACCUGGAUCGCUUUUGGCUAGAGACACUGCUGUGCCUUAUUGGAGAAUCCUUUGAUGACUACAGUGAUGAUGUAUGUGGAGCGGUUGUUAAUGUUAGAGCUAAAGGUGAUAAGAUAGCAAUAUGGACUACUGAAUGUGAAAACAGAGAGGCUGUUACACAUAUAGGGAGGGUAUACAAGGAAAGGUUAGGACUUCCUCCAAAGAUAGUGAUUGGUUAUCAGUCCCAUGCAGACACAGCUACUAAGAGCGGCUCCACCACUAAAAAUAGGUUUGUUGUUUAAGAAGACACCUUCUGAGUAUUCUCAUAGGAGACUGCGUCAAGCAAUCGAGAUUUGGGAGCUGAACCAAAGCCUCUUCAAAAGCAGAGUGGACUGCAUUUAAAUUUGAUUUCCAUCUAAAUGUUGCUAAGAUAUAAGAGAAGUCUCAUUCGCCUUUGUCUUGUACUUCUGUGUUCAUUUUUUUUUUUUUUUUUUUUUUUGGCUAGAGUGUCCACUAUCCCAAUCAAAGAAUUACAGUACACAUCAUCCCCAGAAUCCAUGAAUGUGUUCCUGGCCCACUCUAUUGUAAUAGCUUAGUAGAAUUACCAUUACAAACACACUUUACCCAUCCACAAUAUUCAAAAAAGAACUUGUAUUUCUAUACCUUAAAGGAAAAAAAUUCUGUUUAUGUUCCAUUGUAUGCAGGAGCAUAUUUUGCUGGUUUGAAAGAGUAUGAUGCAUACAGUUUUCUAGCAAUUUUCUUUGUUUCUUUUUACAGCAUUGUCUUUGCUGUACUCUUGCUGAUGGCUGCUAGAUUUUAAUUUAUUUGUUUCCCUACUUGAUAACAUUAGUGAUUCUGAUUUCAGUUUUUCAUUUGUUUUGCUUUUGUUUUUUUUUUUUUCCUCAUGUAACAUUGGUGAAGGAUCCAGGAAUAUGACACAAAGGUGGAAUAAACAUUAAUUUUGUGCAUUCUUUGGUAAUUUUUUUGUUUUUUUGUAACUACAAAGCUUUGCUACAAAUUUAUGCAUUUCAUUCAAAUCAGUGAUCUAUGUUUGUGUGAUUUCCUAAACAUAAUUGUGGAUUAUAAAAAAAAAUGUAACAUCAUAAUUACAUUCCUAAUUAGAAUUAGUAUGUCUGUUUUUGUAUCUUUAUGCUGUAUUUUAACACUUUGUAUUACUUAGGUUAUUUUGCUUUGGUUAAAAAAUGGCUCAAGUAGAAAAGCGGUCCCAUUCAUAUUAAGACAGUGUACAAAACUGUAAAUAAAAUGUGUACAGUGAAUUGUCUUUUAGACAACUA